AUGGUCAUGUCUUCGGGAAGUGACAACUACAUCGACGACACGCUGCCGCGGUACGAACGAGAUCGCUCAUUGCCGUUGGCCGACAACAUGGCCCCCAAUACGAAAAAGGCCGCCGCCGAGUGCAUCUCGGAUGAUGCGCUGAUACACCUCAAGUCCUACAGGUAUUCGAGCGUGGACAAGUCGCCCGUGUCCAAAUAUAUUCUCGGCCACUGGUGGAAUGCCUUUGUAAACGUUUUGCCGCUAUGGAUUGCCCCCAACAUGGUCACCCUCCUUGGCUUCUUUUUCAUCCUGGGCAACAUUGGCCUGCUGGUAAUGUACAUGCCCGACUUGGUCGGACCCACCAUGGACAACGUUGAUGGCAAGCAGGCGCGGAGGACCGGAACAUCGAGCGGCCUCGGCGAAUUAUUCGAUCACGGCAUCGACUCUCUCAAUUGUACCCUCGCCAGUUUGCUCGAAACGGCUGCCAUGGGAUUGGGAACAUCCAACGCUGGCAUCUUCACCGCCCUCUGCCCUUGCCUGGCCAUGUUCUUUUCCACUUGGGAGACAUACCACACCCACACGUUAUAUCUCGGCGUCAUCAACGGCCCUACCGAGGGCUUGCUCAUUGCAUGUGGCAUCAUGGUUGCCUCUGGAAUAUGGGGUCCUCACAUAUGGACUCUGCCUCUUGCCAAUGCCCUUGGUGACACUUUGCCCGGCCUGGCCGAGAUGCUUGGCCAAACAUCGUUUCGGGACAUCUGGGUCGGCUUGAUCAUUGUUUCCUUGCUUGCCGGGCACAUUCCCUUUUGUCUGUACAACGUCGCGUGCGCCCGCCAGGAACAGGGCCUUGCCGUCACCCCCGUCUUUGCUGAAUGGACCCCAAUGGCUGUUUUCACCCUUGGAGUUGGAGCCUGGGUGUUCUCGCCAUACAGUACAUUGAUGACGGACAACCACCUCGUCUUGUUCUGCCUGACCAUGUCGUUUGUCUUUGGUCGACUGACAACCAAGAUGAUCCUGGCGCACCUGACUCGCCAGCCAUUCCCAUAUUGGACGGUGAUGCUUGCACCCCUUGUCGGCGGUGCGUUCCUCGGAAACUUGCCUCGGUUUGGACUGCCCCAGGUUGGCGCAACUAUGGAGCUGUACUACUUGUGGGCAUACUUCCUCUUCUCCCUGGUGGUGUACUUCCGCUGGGCAUAUCUCGUCAUCAACGCCAUUUGCGACUAUCUCGGCAUCAAUGCCCUAACGAUUCCUAAAGAGAAACAAAUUGCCAAUAAACAGGCCCGAAACGCUCCAAAAUUGCAUUAA